UAAUAAUCUAAUGGCAAAGAUUCGCAAGUUGGUGUUCUUGAAAAACUAUCAUUUUUAAUGUUUAUAAAGAAGGGCUUUUAUUGUUUUUGUUUUCCUUGUUUGAUAGAGGGUAAAAAUUUGAUCUUUUUCCAGUGAAGAUUCAUUGGAUUUGACAAACCUUUUUCUUGUUUUAUCACUCAACUCAUUCUUGUUCAUGAGUGUAACUAUGCAAGAUUCACUUUGUGUGUAGUGUUGGUGGUAAAUCUUAAGUUUUUCUUGUUUGUUACAGUUGACUAUGGAAUGGGAAUCCCAAGAGGGCAGGCCCAUUGCUUGGUAACAACUAACAAGAAUCUUGACAGAUAAUCACAAGUAUGUGUGAGAGAGAGAGGAGGAGAGAGGGGGGAUCUCAUUCUCAAGUUUGUACCACAUAAUAUAGAUCUCAUCCCUCAGAUUCAUACAACUUAGCCUUUUCCUCCUCUCAAUUCCAAAAGUUCCUAAAGCCUUUGAAAGGAAUUUUUGAGGAGUCAAAUCAGAUUCUCUCAUCAAUACCAAUCAUCAAGAGGCUCUCUUGGGAUUGAUUCAACAACCAAAUUUCUGCAAAUCGACAAAGCUUCACCAAGGUUGAAAAGCAAGAAUCUUGCUUGUUUGAGGCGUAUCGAAGAAAUCGGGUGAUGUUAGCAAUGGAGGAAGGUGUUCUUCCAAUGAGUAACAUUCUCAGCAGUGCACCUGAUUCCUUGAUGGACUUUGAUUACAUGGAUGAGCUCUUGUUGGAUGGGUGUUGGUUGGAGGCAAAUGGAUCUUCCGAAUUCCCACAUUUCGACUGCACAACCCCGGUUUCCCCCUUUGAUCCGGGCUUCUCAUGGCCAGCACUCGACUUCAGCAAUGGUGAACCCCCAUCUAAGGUAGUCCAGGAUGAGAGGAAGAGAUCAUCCUUCCCUGAGAAUCUAUCCAUCAGCCAAUCCCGAGCCACCCGGAAAUCACAGCCCUACGUUGACAUCAUUCCCAACCCCGGGGUUUCCUCUGUUGUGGAAGGCUCCGAGCAGAGCAAGAGGUGGUGGAUCGGGCCACGAGCUUCAUUGUCCGUGAUGGAGAGAUUGAUCCAGGCAGUUGGCUUCAUGAAGAGUCUGUCUGGGAAUAAGGAUGUUCUUAUCCAAGUGUGGGUACCGGUUACCAGAGGAGGCAAACGCGUCCUCACCACCAACAACCAGCCUUUCACCCUCGACCUCAACUGCCCGAAGCUGGCUCAAUACAGAGAGAUCUCUGUGAAUUUCCUCUUCCCUGCGGAUGAACAUUCCAAGGACGUCGCAGGGCUGCCUGGCCGGGUGUACAGGAACAAGGCUCCCGAGUGGACUCCUGAUGUCCGUUUCUUCUCAUGGGAGGAGUAUCCCAGACUUGGCCACGCGCAGCAGUAUGAUGUCCGAGGCACUCUUGCUGUCCCGAUACUUGAACAAGGAAGCUGCGAUUGUUUGGGCGUGAUUGAAGUGAUCUUGACCAAACAGAAGAUCCAAUACCGGCCAGAGCUCGAAAGCGUCUGCAAAGCUCUUGAGGCUGUGGAUCUGAGGAGUCCUGAGCUUUCAAACACUCAGAAAGUUCAGGCAUCUGAUCUAUCGUACCAAGCUGCAUUGCCUGAGAUUCUCGAGGUUUUGAGAUCCGCGUGUGAGACUCACGGGCUGCCAUUGGCGCAGACGUGGGUGCCCUGCAUUGUGCAGGGCAACCAAGGGUGCUGGAUCUCGGACGAAAACACCAAAAACUGCGUUGCGCCAGUGGAAUCUGCUUGCUUCAUAGGUGAUCCUAGGAUCAAGGGGUUCCACGAGGCCUGCUAUGAGUACCACUUGUUGAAAGGCCAAGGUAUAGUCGGGACAGCAUUCCAGACGAACGAGCCUUGCUUCUCACCUGAUGUGUCCGUGUGUAGCAAGGCGGAUUACCCUCUAUCGCACCACGCAAGGAUGUUUGGACUGAAAGCUGCGGUUGCCAUACGUUUGAGGAGCACCUGCACUGGCUCGGCCGACUUCGUCCUGGAGUUCUUCCUCCCGACAAACUGCAACAGCCCGGACGACCAUAAGAGGAUGCUUACUUCUCUGUCUACCAUAAUCCAGAACGUUUGCCAGACUUUACGCGUCGUCACUGACAAGGAGUUGAAGGAGGAAGCUGCAAUCUUACCACGAGAAACGACGUUACCAAAGUCCCCUGAGACUAGGUUAAGCCCGCCCGGAGGCAUGGUGUUCGUUGCAAACACUCCUGCAUCUUGUGACACGGGCAAAACGGCCGAGAAGAGACGGAUCAAGGCCGAGAAAACCAUCACACUCGAGGUUCUUAGGCAACACUUUGCCGGAAGUCUCAAAGAUGCUGCAAGAAAUCUUAGUGUGUGUCCUACUACGUUGAAGAGGAUAUGCAGGCAAAACGGGAUACAGCGUUGGCCCUCUCGUAAGAUCAAGAAGGUCGGUCACUCGUUGCUGAAGAUCCAACGAGUGAUUGACUCUGUUGAGGGCGUUCGGGGAUGCCAACAGAGUCUGCAGAUCGGAUCGUUCUACUCCAACUUCCUCGAUUUGGCAUCCCCGAACGCCUCAAGAACGUCGGGUGACGACAGUAUCAGUCCCAACCCCUCCGAGCCACAGCCGGAUAGCAGCGUGUUGGCACCCCCGCCCGCUGCAUCUCUAUCCCCUUCCUCGUCGGGCAGCCAGAGCUCGGGCACGAGCCAGUGCUGCUCCAGCGGGGCGCAGCAGAAUUCGAACCCCUUGAGCGCCGGAGGCCAGGACAACGCGUCUGGGAAAGACGAAGCAGCCAACAACAAGAUGCUCAAGAGGACUUGGAGUGAUGCAAAUCUACACUUGUGGAGUGAUGGAGCCAAGCAGCCCCUCCCGAGGUCCCACAGCCACGUGUCGUUCUCCUGGCCUAUCAGGCCAGGAGGCGCACUGGAGGAGAGAGCACGGGAGAGGGACAGGCCGAGGAUCAAAGUCACGUAUGGAGAGGACACCAUCAGAUUCCGGAUGCAGAGCAACUGGAGAUACCAUGACUUGCUGCACGAGAUCUCUAGGCGGUUCGGGGUGGACAAUGCCGGUGGCUACCACCUCAAAUAUCUUGACGACGACGCAGAGUGGGUGCUGCUCACGUGCGACGCUGAUCUGGAGGAGUGUGUCGACGUGUGCAACGCAACGCGAAGCCAGACGAUCAGGCUCGCCUUCCUUCACGAUUCGCAGUCUCAGCUUAGUAGGUCUUUGAGCAUUAGAGGUGGUGGAAGUUUGUAGUUGCUUCUGGAGUUUGAGCAGUUUGGAAUCGGAGUUCUGUAGAGAAAGUUAUAGAACAAUUCGCAUUGUUCUAGCUCGAGCUCGUUAAAUACUCGUUUAAGGGCUCGAGUGGAAACUAUAUAGAAUAAGAUGUUCAUUUGUCUUCUCCAAAUCUUGAACUUUGAUAAGUAUUCUGUGAAAUUUGACGUCUGUAAGCAAGAAUGGAGACUUCCUUUUUUCAUGGAAAUUACUGUAAAACUUGUAUUCUCCUUUAGAAAUGUGAUAAAUUUCAUUGUGAUUAAA